AUGGUACCAAGACAAAAGGGAGGUCGAAUAAGCGUUCUAGUAAAAGGUGUGCGCCAAAAGUUGCUGGAUCAGAUCGGCAGCGUCGAACCUCUUCAUUUUGUCGUCAAGUUCUCCGAGCAGAAAGACCAAUUUCCUCUCGAGCGUAUGUACCUCUCGGCUUCGGCCGACGGGGGCUGGGGCAGCGCGAGGUAG